GGCGGGGCGACUCUUGGCGGAGGCUGCCCGGCGUCCCGGCGGGAGAAGCGGGAGGCUCGGCGGAGGCGGCCGCGGUCCCGGCGGGCGAGGCUUUCCCCCGCGCUGACGCCAGGCAGCCUGGUCAGCUUGCCCCGAGCAUGGCUUGCUGAUGGUCCAGGCAUUUUGGUACAGCCACAGCGGGACUCUUGCUGGGCCAGAUGGCGACAGCCAACAAAGGCUCCAACCCCAAAGUGGGGGGUGUCCGUUUCUCCCCGACUCAGACGGUGACGGUGGAGGGAAGCUCCAGCCACGUCCACUUUGAUGAGAAGCUUCACGACUCCGUGGUGAUGGUCAGCCAGGAGAAGGACGGGGACUUCCUGGUGAAGGUCGGCUUCCUCAAGAUCCUGCACAAAUACGAAAUCACAUUCGUCCUGCCUUUUGUGCAGCUCCUGGGGAAGGAAAUUUGUCCGGCACCUCUCUCGAACCUGCAUCUCAAGGUGACCAACAUCGCCCCGGUAUCUGAAGGCUACAGGGUCAGUUGCGAGUACGUGGCCCACAAGGAAGGUGUCCUGCAUGAAGAGAUGGUCCUUUGCAGCGAGACUAACCACAGUGCCAGCAUCAAAGUUGUCGUGCAAGCCCGGGUGAUGGACCGACACCACGGCACGCCGAUGCUCCUGGAAGGCGUGAAGUGCAUCGGAGCCGAAGUGGAAUACGACUCGGAGCAAAGCGAGUGGCAGGGCUUUGACUAACCAGGAUUCGCCCCCUUCCUGCUGCAGACUCCAGCACCUUCCCGGGGUUCUCUACCUAUAUAGAUAUAUAUAAAUAUAUAUAUACACACACAUAUAUAUAUAUUUUCCGGUUAAGCUUGAAAUAAAAAAAAAAAAACGCCA